GGGAAGGAAGGGUGCUUCCUUCCCCACAAACAGCCGCUGUUCUGACGCAGGGGCGACACCGACGCCCUUUAGUCCCCCAGGUCAGGAGCUGCUUGAAUCGCCCCGCCACAGCCGGCAGACGCGCCUGCGCCUUUUGCUACGGCUGCAUGCUCAGACCCACCUUCCCAUCGUGCCCCGCGCCCCACCCGCUCCCUUCCUGCCGCCGGCCCUUGAGCGGCGCCUCGCCGCCGGCGCGAUGAUCCACGAGCUCCUGCUCGCGCUGCGCGGCUACACCGGCGGCCUCUUCGUCGCAGGCGCAGGAGGAGGCGGCGGCGUCUGCCUGCAGGUGCCUCAAGAGCCGCCGCCGCCGUUCCUGCACCCGAGUGAGGCCGCCCUCCUGGCCCGCGUCUGCCGCCUGGGCGCCUUUUACAUCCGCUUCAGCGACUUCAUCGAGCAGUUCGCCGCCGAGCACGUCCAGCCGCCGCUCCCGCAGGGACCCCCCCAGCAGCAGCCCCCGCCCGCCGCCGCCGAGCACGCCCCCGCAGCAGCAGCAGCCCCGCCGCCCACGCAGCCGCAGGAUCUUCACCCCUCACAGCAAGGAAUUUAUCUACGGGCUUUCUGCACUGGGCUUGAUGCCAUCCUGCGGCCGUACCGGCAGGCCCUGCUUGACCUGGAGCAGGAGUUUCUGGCAGAUCCUCACCUUACCAUCUCUCAUGUCAACUAUUCUCUGGACCAAUUUCAGCUCCUUUUCCCCUCACUGAUGAUUGUGGUGGAGCAAAUAAAGACCCAGAAGAUCCAUGGCUGUCAAAUCCUGGAGGUUGUUCACAGACACAGCCGUGGUGGCCUGCCACCUGUACGCCAUGCUCUAGAGAAGGUCUUGGCCGUGUGUCACGCAGCCAUGUAUAAGCAGCUCUCUGCCUGGAUGCUGCAUGGGUUGCUCUUGGACCAGCAGGAGGAGUUCUUCGUCAAACAAGGCCCUUCUUCUGGGACGAUCCCUGCCCAGCUCGAAGAGGAGGAGGAGGAUCUGGGAAUUGGAGGGCUGACAGGGAAGCAGCUGCGAGAGCUGCAGGAUAUGAGGCUGAUUGAAGAAGAGAACAUGCUGGCUCCGUCACCAAAGCAGUUCUCUCUGCGGAUAGAAAUGUUGCCUUCCUACAUUCCCAUGCGCGUUGCUGAGAAAAUCCUCUUUGUAGGCGAGUCUGUCCAGAUGUUUGAGAGUCAGAAUGUGAGCCUUACCAAAAAAGGCUCCAUCUUGAAGAACCAGGAGGACACCUUUGCUGCGGAGUUACAUCGUCUCAAGCAACAGCCUCUCUUCAAUCUGGUGGAUUUUGAGACUGUGGUUGACUGGGUGCGGAGCACCGUGGCUGAGCACUUGUGGAAGCUGAUGGUGGAAGAAUCUGACUUAAUAGGACAACUGAAGAUUAUUAAAGAUUUUUAUCUGCUGGGGAGAGGAGAACUAUUCCAGGCUUUCAUUGACACUGCACAGCAUAUGUUAAAGACGCCUCCCACGGCAGUAACAGAGCACGACGUCAACGUGGCCUUCCAGCAAUCUGCCCACAAAGUGCUGCUUGAUGACGACAGCUUGCUUCCUUUUCUUCAUCUGACCAUCCACUACCAUGGGAAGGAGCACAGAGAUGCUGCUCAGGCGCGAGAAGCACCUUCUCGGGAAUUAUCUCCUCACGAAUCCCCCACCUCAGGCUGGGCUGCUCUGGGGCUCUCCUACAAAGUGCAGUGGCCUCUGCAUAUUCUCUUCACUCCUGCCGUCCUGGAAAAGUACAACGUGGUCUUCAAGUAUCUGCUGAGCGUGCGACGAGUCCAGGCUGAGCUACAGCAUUGUUGGGCCCUGCAGAUGCAAUGCAAGCGCCUGGAAUCCAACAGGACAGACGCCAUCAAGUGGCGCCUGCGCCAUCACAUGACUUUUCUUGUGGACAAUCUACAAUACUACCUGCAGGUGGAUGUCCUGGAGUCUCAGUUCUCUCAGCUUCUACAGCAGAUCAACGCCACCCGUGACUUUGAGAGCAUCCGACUGGCACACGAUCACUUCUUGAGCAACCUCCUAGCGCAGUCCUUUAUUUUGCUGAAACCAGCUUUUCACUGCCUGAAUGAAAUACUGGAUCUCUGCCACAGCUUCUGCUCACUUGUCAGCCAGAACCGGGGACCCCUGGAUGAGCGGGGUGUGGCUCAGCUGAGCAUCCUGGCCAAGGGCUUCAGCUGCCAGUCUUCACUCCUGUUCAAGAUUCUCUCCAGUGUUCACAACCACCAGAUAAAUUCAGACUUGGCUCAGCUGCUGUUGCGCCUCGACUACAACAAAUACUACACGCAGGCUGGAGGCACUUUGGGCAGUGUGGGAUUAGAAUAGACCAGUCCAGGCAUGGAGGCUGUUGCCAACAUUUCCCCAGGAAGCAGAGCUCCCUGUCUCUAGUCACAAUACCCGUUCUGGCUUCUGGAAGAGGUUGUCAAGGGAGGGAUUGACUUGCAUCUUGGUUAUCGGAUCUAUUGGGACCUCACCCUGGCACUUAAAAAGCCACUGUACUUCAUUAAAUACAUCUUUAAUGCUGCUGCCCUUGUGAUGAAUAUUUUGCCACAGGAGAAGUAAAAGUGCUGCAUACAAUUA